GAGGUGUGAGCAUGUCUUUGGCCAUGUCCACGGCGCAGUACUGGCUAAUUGGCUGGCUGCUGCUGCUGGUUGGGCGCACGUUCGGCUAUCCGGAGGAGGCGCGUCAUCCGUGCGCCUUCAUCGACACGGCGAACAUAACGGGCGGCUACAACAUGGGCAGCACCCUGAACGGCUCCUACGUGCACAACUGGACGGUCAUACCCAAGGAGCUGGUGACCGCCUACGACUUCGUCAUCGAGAACGGGAUACGUGUGCCGGCGGCGCGGCAUCUGCGCGCCUGCGUCUGCAAGCUGCGAGCCUGCGUGCGCUUCUGCUGCCCCGCCGGACAGCUGUACGAGCUGCAGCGCCGCCGCUGCGUGACUCCGACCGGGGACAUGCCGCAGCCACCCGGGCACAGUCACAUGACCGUGGAGCUGCACAACGGCUCCCAGCUGAGCCUCGAGCUGGGCGCCCGGUUCAGCGUGCACGUGGAGACGCCCUGCGAUCAUAUGCGCGCCCUCACCAAGGAUUCCGUCUACCGCAACUGGACGCUGCACGAGAACGGUUCGAUUACCCAUCGGGAGCAUCUGUUCACCAAGCAUUACUGCUUCACCCCCCUCCUCAUGGGGAACAGCAGCUGGAACUGGCAGCCCCUCGCCUGUGCCCCGGAGAAACUACACUUUGCGCUCGGCGUGCGUGAGUGGACCUAUGCAAUAUGCCUGCUGAUCUGCAUUAUAUCGAUGUUCAUCGUGCUGAUCGUGCACCUGAUGUGCUCAGGUAUGCGCAAUAGCUUCUACGGCGUGGCGAUCAAGGCCUACACGACGUGUGUUAUCUUUGGCUACGCUCUGCUGGCACACCUGACCCUGCACGAUCCCGCAAAUCUGUCGCCGGCUGCGUGCCGCGUUAUACCUAGCUUGGCGCUGCUCUUUCUGGUGCUGUCCUUCUACAUCCUGAGCUUUAUAUCGUUUAAGCUUUACGUGAGCUUUCAUGGGGUGGUCUUCACGAAGCUCAUGUUCUGGCUGAUCUUCGGACCGAUCGUGCUCAUCGCCGUGGGCUGGUCCGUCUUUGUGGGCUUUAGCUAUUACGGCGCCAAGCUUGUCUUUGGUGGCGACACCUGUUGGUUCGAUCCGCGCAACUGGAGCAUUAUGAUCUAUUUCUUUGCGCCCAUUUUCGUAGCCUGCGCGAUCAGCGGCUUCUUCUAUUUGCUCACACUGAUCCGCAUCUGCGACGACCCGGAUUUGGAUGGAGAGAAGAGCUUUGAGUCCUUGGAGAAGAAUCGCUUGAAGUCCUUCUGGAAGUUCUUCACCUACUCGGCGCUCACCUAUUUCGUUUGCGUGUGCUCAUUUGCUGUCAAUUAUUAUCGCGAGGAGCGUUCGCAUUUGAACUACGCCGUUUGCUUCUGCACGGCUUUUCACGGAUUUGCGGCGCUUUAUGCGCUCAUCGGAAAGAACCAACAGAUACAGCACUUUCUGCGACGUAUCGAUGAAAACAACGACGAGGACACCUGUGAGAACUCUGUGCCCAUGUCCAUAUACUGAAUGUCAGCUUCAAAUUGCCGACGCAGUUUGGCAGCCACUGCACAGUUGAGGGGCGCUUUAGUCGCGACACAAACCGCCCGACUGAAGUAGCGUAGCUUUCGCCGCAGCCGUGACACGCACCAAAAGCAGCUUUCGUUUUGUUGUUGUUUAGUUAGAAACUCUUUUCAAAUGCCCAACGGGAAAUAUUAAAAAAAUGUUGAAAAUUGUUUUGAUCAAAUAAAUAAUGCUUGUAAAAAUG